AACAGGGGUGACACGUGACACGGCAUCUACCCCAGAGGCUGUGUCCGGUGCCCACGCGGGGCUGGGACACAGAAGGUGAUGAGCAGAGCACACCUGGGAUCCCAGGUUCCCUCAGAGACAUGGAGGCCAGAGAAGAGGCCCAGGCCGCGGACACCGGCCUCCCGGAGCGAGAGGCCACAGCCCUGGAGCCCGAGCCCCCGAGCCCUUCCAGUCCAGAUGCUACUCCUCCACCCCCACCGCUACCACCCGCCCCCACGUCCCCAGGAGGCUCUGAGGAGACGGAGGGUCCGGAGCCAGAGACGAGGCUGGAGGAGGAAGAGGCCAGCAGCCCCUGGAGCGGGCCAGAUGAGCUGAAGCUGCUGCUGCAGGACGGACAGAGGUGCGUGCGGGCUCGGCGCAGCCUCGCCGAGGGCCUGUCCUGGGGCCCGUUCCGCGGGAGCAUCCAGACCAGAGCCUCGUCCCCCGGGCAGGCGGAACCGAGCCCGGCCCUGACCCUGCUGCUGGAGGACGAGGCCUGCUGGCUGAGGACGCUGCCCCGGGCCCUGACCGCGGCCGAAGCCAACUCGGAGAUCUACAGGAAGGAUGGCGCCCUCUGGUGCAGGCUCACCAGGCCAGUGGCCGCGGGCGGACGGCUGAGCGUGCUCCUCGCAGCCGAGCCCCACAGUGCCCCCAGCCAGCCUGUGAAGGAGCCGGUGGAGCCCGAGGGCCUGGCCCCCUCCCCCGCCGCCGACAUCCAGCUCCUGCCCCAGCAGGCGGGCAUGGCAUCCAUCCUCGCAACUGCAGUUGUCAACAAAGACGUCUUUCCCUGCAAGGACUGCGGCAUCUGGUACCGCAGCGAGCGGAACCUACAAGCCCACCUCCUGUACUACUGCGCCAGCCGCCAAGGCACCAGCUCCCCCGCUGUGGCCGCCCCCGAUGAGAAGCCCAAGGAGACCUACCCCAACGAGCGGGUCUGCCCCUUCCCCCAGUGCCGCAAAAGCUGCCCCAGCGCCAGCUCCCUGGAGAUCCACAUGCGCAGCCACAGCGGAGAGCGCCCCUUCGUGUGUCUCAUCUGCCUGUCCGCCUUCACCACCAAGGCCAACUGCGAGCGGCACCUCAAGGUGCACACAGACACGCUGACGGGUGUGUGCCACAGCUGCGGCUUCAUCUCCACCACGCGGGACAUCCUCUACAGCCACCUAGUGACCAACCACAUGGUCUGCCAGCCGGGCUCUAAGGUUGAGAUCUACUCAUCAGGAGCUGGGCACCCCACUGCCAAGCUCCCCGCAGCUUCAGGUCUGGCCCAGGCAGGUCCUGCUCCAGGCCUGAAGUGUGGCCCCUGGCGUCUCCCCGCAGACAGUCUGGCCGCCUUCCAGCAGCACACGGCGCUGCACGGCCCCCUGGCCUCUGCAGACCUGAGCCUGGUGCCCGCCCCAUCACCGGGACUGGACAGGAAGGCCCUGGCAGAGGCCACCAACGGAGAGACCAGACCGGGCCCCCAGAACGGGGGUGGCGGCGAGCCCCCGGCGACCCCCAGGAGCAUCAAGGUGGAGGCGGCAGAGGAGCCCGAGGCGGAGCCAGGGCCCCAGGCCCUGUCGCGGACGCCAUCACCGCCCAGCGCCGGCCCCAGCCCCGUCCGCGUGAAGGCGGAGCUGUCCAGCCCCACGCCCGGCUCCAGCCCGGGGCCCGGCGCACUCUUCCUGCCGCAGUUGCCCACAGCGCCGCCUGCCUCCGAGAUCCUGGCCAAAAUGUCCGAGCUGGUGCACAGCCGGCUGCAGGCGGGCGCGGGGGUGGGCGCGCCGGCUGGCCUCUUCACGGGGGCCCCCAAGGGCGCCACGUGCUUUGACUGCGACAUCACCUUCAACAACGUCAACAACUUCUAUGUGCACAAGCGCCUCUACUGCUCCGGCCGCCGCCCGCCCGACGACACGCCCCCUGCCCGCCGGCCCAAGGCGGCCCCAGCCCCGCCGCGCGCGCCCCCCGCCCCGCCGCCCGCCGAGGCCGACGAGCAGCGCUCGCCGCCGGGCCCCGGGGCGCGCGAGGACGAGGCGGGGGGCGCGGCUACGCCCGAGGCGGAGACCGAGGCCGAGGCGGGCGGCCGGGGCAGCGAAGGCAGCCCAAGCCCGGGCAGCGGGGCAGACGAGGACGACGACCCCCGCCGGACGCUGUGCGAGGCCUGCAACAUCCGCUUCAGCCGCCACGAGACCUAUACGGUGCACAAGCGGUACUACUGCGCCUCUCGUCACGACCCGCCGCCGCGCCGGCCUGCGCCCGCCGGGACCCCCGCGCCCGCUGCGCCGCCCGUGCGCACGCGCAGGCGCCGCAAGCUCUACGAACUGCACGUGGCCGGACCCGCCCCGCCCCCGGUCGGACCCGCCCCGUCCCCGGUCGGACCCGCCCAGCCCGUCGCGCCAGGCCACGCCCCCACGCCGCCUGCGUCGCCGGCGCCGCGGCCCGGAAGCGGAAAUGGAGGCGGAGGUGGAAGCGGCCAAGACCCGGCGGAAGGCCCCAUCGACCUGAGCAAAAAGCCGCGGCGCCAGGCUCCCGCCGCCGCCCCUGGCCCUGCGCCCGGCCUACCGGCCCUGGCCGAUUACCACGAGUGCACAGCCUGCCGCGUGAGCUUCCACAGCCUCGAGGCGUACUUGGCGCACAAGAAGUUCUCGUGCCCCUCUGCCCCGCGCCGCCUGCGCGCCGCCCCCGAGGACCAGCCCGCCAUCGUCUGUCCCUACUGCCCCCCGAACGGCGUGGUGCGCGGCGACCUCAUCGAGCACUUCCGCCUGGCGCACGGCCUGCUGCUGGGCAAGCCCCCGGCCGGCUCCGGCCCUGGCGCCGAGGCCCGGACGCCUUCGCCCGCCGCCCCCCGCGACGGCCUCAACGGCCAGGACCCUUGGGAGCCGCCCGCCGGCAGCCCCCGGCCCGGCCCGCCCCCGGCCACGUCCCCCGAGGCCGUGCCGGCACCCCCCUCCCACUCGGACAAAGGCGUACAGACGCCCAGCCAGGGGACGCCGGCCUCCGUGCCCAACGGCAACCACAGGUACUGUCGCCUGUGCAACAUCAGGUUCAGCAGCCUGUCCACUUUCAUCGCCCACAAGAAGUAUUACUGCUCCUCGCAUGCGGCCGAGCACGUGAAGUGAGCGCCCGGCGCUGCUGCCCUGCAGGGGGACCCGGGACGCUCCAGGCCCAGACCUCGUCCGAGAGGCUGCAGGGGGCAGCGCCCGCCUGGACCUUGGCACUUAAUAAAGAAGUUCAGUUUGCUGAGCACA